AUGCUCGUGGGGUGCCAGCAGAGCCCGGUGGUGGCGGGGAGCGCCACGCUGGCCGUCUUUGGGGCUCUGGUCCUGUACUUCGCGGAGCCCUCCGAAUAUGGGAAGCACCGCAGCAGCCAGGCGUCCGGAGGGACCUGCCUGCCCGCCUGUGUCGCCUGGUUCCUGCAGGAACUGCCCUCCUUCGCCGUGCCCGCAGCCGUCCUCGCCCGGCAGCCGGCCUCUCUUUUCGGAGAGCCGGAGACCGUGCUCCUGGGCCUCUUCUGCGCACAUUACUUCCACAGGACAUUUAUUUACUCCUUGCUCACUAGAGGGAGACCUUACCCAGCUGCUAUUGCUUUCAAAGGAAUUCUCUUCUGCAUUGGAAAUGGAUUCCUUCAAGCCUACUAUCUGAGUUACUGUGCAGAAUAUCCUGAAGAGUGGUACACGGACAUGCGGUUUAGCUUGGGUAUCUUCCUAUUUCUUUUGGGAAUGGGAAUCAAUAUUCACAGUGACUACAUAUUGCGUCAGCUCAGGAAGCCUGGAGAAAUCACCUACAGGAUUCCACAAGGUGGCUUGUUUACCUAUGUUUCUGGAGCCAAUUUCCUUGGUGAGAUCAUUGAAUGGAUGGGCUUUGCCUUAGCCACUUGGUCCCUUCCUGCACUCGCAUUUGCAUUUUUCUCACUUUGUUUCCUUGGGAUUCGAGCUUUUCAUCAUCAUAGGUUCUACCUCAAGAUGUUUGAGGACUACCCUAAAUCUAGGAAGGCCCUUAUUCCAUUUAUUUUUUGA